AUGGAGCACCAGACAGGCGAAAGUUCAAGUCUGAUCAUUAGGCCUAAUUGUGUGUUUUAUUGUGAACGGGGUCGUGACAGUAAGGAGCCAGAGCUCCUCAGUUUUGAGACCACAGAGGACAGUUUGCGAGCUCACUUUGAGCAAUGGGGCAAACUCACUGACUGUGUGGUAAUGAGAGAUCCAGCUAACAAACGCUCUCGAGGUUUCGGCUUUGUGACGUAUUCCUGUGUAGCGGAGGUUGAUGCUGCUAUGGCAGCGCGGCCACACAAAGUGGACGGUCGUGUCGUUGAGCCCAGACGGGCCGUUUCCAGAGAGGUGCAGUUACAUACAUUUAAACCAGAAAGCUCCUUAAUGGGACCAGGGUUGGGAACCACUGUGUUAACCCAUCGCAAUCAAUCAAUCAAUCACUCAUAUUUCAUGAAGCUCAGACUGAAAUUAUUAGCGUUGAAGUACAUGUUUAUGCUUGUGUCUCUGGUGGUGGGUGGAAACUAUGGUGGGGGUCCUGGCUGUGGAGGUGGACGUGGAGGAUACGGUGGAGGUCCUGGAUAUGGUAACCAAGGUGGAGGGGGCUUUGGAGGAUAUGACAACUACAACGAUAGAGGAAAUUUUGGAGUUCUGCUAAUAACACAAAUUUUUUUUUUUGGUGGCGGUGGAGGAGGACGAAAUUACAACAAUUUUGGGAAUUACACAGGACAACAUUCCAACUACGGCCCCAUGAAGGGAAAUCACUUUGGAGGAAGGAACUCGGGACCUUACAGUGGUACAGAAAAUCCAGUACACUGCAUGCCACAUCAAAAGUGAAACCACUGCGUGUGAGCCUGA